AUGUCGUUAUCGCACAAGCCAUCGCUUGAGAGUCUGGCCUAUCACCGCCUGUUAACAAAUCAUAGAGCGGACCUUGACGACAAGAGCUAUCAUCGAGUUCUGGAGGCGAUCUUCAGCUAUGUUCUCACGGAAAAGCCGUCCUUGUACAAGCAAAAGUCUCAAAAAGGUUCUGCCUCCCGCCUGGAGAAGUGUGCCGACGCUGUCAAGGCCACUGUGUCUCGGGGUUUGCCAAGAUUCGGGCGAAAAACCCUACAUGCCGUUAUAGAUCACAUAACGCAGACAUUACCUGGCCCGAACAACGACUUCGUCCAACCCCUUCUUCAAGGCUACGUCAAAGCCUUGACGGAGCUGCUGUCUCGUCAAGCCCAUGUGGAAUCACUGGCGUGCAAAGACGGUGGCCAUUGGGAUGCCUGCGUUGACUUUUUACUUGACCUCGGGCACCGAAUCCUGCCCGAGGAGGCCGAUCGAGUUUCGAGCUCGUAUAGAGCAUCACCCGCACCCGGUGCGAUCCCGCUUCGUUCGUCUUCUUCAUCGUUAAUCAAAGCCGCAUCCCAGAAAAGGUCGGGCCCAAACGAGGGCGGGCCCCUUCGAGAUGUGUUGGAGGGCCUUUUUCAUCUAGUCCGAGCCUCCAACGCACCCGUAACACGGCAGUCGAGUCAGAUCGCCGAGCUUGUUCUGAGGAUUUUGAAUGUGAAGCACUUCAGUCUGGGCUCCAUACAAACAGUAUCCUUCGCCAUCCUGAAUUCACUAUUCGAGGCGAUACAGGCGGAUAAGCUCGAUGAAUCUCAGUCUCUGAUGAAGAAAAUAGUCCCACUCAUGGUGUUUUGGUGGCGGGCUGACAAGGUCUCGCAAGAUGAGCUCAUCAGGUCUCUAAGAAAUGAGAUGCUCAAGGCCAUAUUACACAUGCAUCUGCAUAUUGAGAAACUCGCCAUUCAUAUCGAAGACGAGAAUUCUAAUUUUACUCAAGAUCUAGAAGAUUUGGCCGAUACCUUUUGGGUCGAAUACUCUAAACGCGGCGAGCCUUUUCGCCUUCAGCUCGUCGACAUCACAUUUUCGCUUUCGAUCCUUCCCGAGUACUCAUUACGCACCCAUCUCUUUGGCCUCAGACCUCACAAUGUGGAAGGCGAGAGCUACUGGGCACUGGUUCAAGCCUUGGCCCGCCUGGAAUCAAUCCUCAUUAAUUGCAAUAAUCGUACGCAAGACCAGGCCGAUGAGCUUGAACAGCCGCGCAAGAGGCGCCGAAUCCGCGAAAGUUCAAGUAGAGUUCGACUCAAGCUUAGAUCCAAGGAGGUGGGAGUUCGAAGGACAGCAAUACAACUUGUCCCUUUUAUCUUGACCUCCAAUUCCUUGCGGGUUGAUGACACCAUCGACUUUUUGGAGGAUCUGACAACAUUAGCUGGAGACAAGGAUCCCCUCACUGCGUCCUGGGCUCUCAUAGCUUGUGCUAGUUGUGCCCUGAAAGUAGGCGAACAUAAAGAGAUCACCGAUACCUGGAGACAAUUGUGGCAUAUUGCCUCCCGUGCUGUUUGCCUACCUUCAACCAGUCGUGCGGCGUGUUGUUUACUACAGACGCUGCUUCUAGCCAAUCAUCUACCAUAUCAUGAGAUAUCAGAAGAAAUAAAUAGCAUUGUAACGACAGCAGAUGUAAAUGGGCCGGCGAUUCUGUCUGACACGUCUCUGGCACUGAUGCUGUAUCUAUUCCACAUUCGAAACAUGAGGUCGCCAAAUGCUAGUCAAGCGACUUGUUCCCAUAUCAUCAGAUGGGUAUUUCUCAGGUGGAAUCCAAGCGAACAUGCAUACGCAUCAUUCCACGGUGUUCACGUGCAAGCGACUGAUUUGGUCAAUCUACUCCGGGCAUGUUGUGGCCUCACACCACUGACUCUAGGGAUGAAGAUCCCCGUCUACGGUGGCUCGUUGGGCGAGGUCUGGAAAACUCAGGAGCAAAUGAAUUCGAUCAACGAGUACCUGCUAUUGCUUGAGCCGAGUGGCAUGUCUCCUCAGGGUGUUGGUUCAGAUGAGCAGAUCUUACCACCACUUGCGGAUGCGAGCAGCUUUUUUACGUCAAAAAAGCUGAUACUGGAGCUUCUAUAUCCCAAGCUCGAGGAUCUCAAGGAGCUGUCUAUAUCUUGGACAAAGAGGUCAAACGAGGGCGGCACCCAGAUCUCUCUUGAGAGGUUUCAAAGUCUUUUGAUGGCGGUGAUGGCCAGCUCGCUGCUAGCCCCUGAACUGGACUCCCUCAAUACAAGACAGUCUUCAGCCCUGUUUCCAGUCCUUGUUGAACUAACGGAGAAGAGCUUGACCUCGGCCAUGGAUUCCGUUGAACCAUUGGCUUUUAUUGACCUCACAUUGAGAUUGGUCCGGCCUUGCAUACCUGAGCUUGUCCGUUCGAGCCUGGAACGGUUUCAAGCAGAACACGCGAGCCUAGCUAUUAUAUUCUCAAGGAUUUUUCAGUCACUCAAGCGCCAUGACUCUCUUCAAAGCUCAGCAGAGAAUGUUGAUUUGAUGGAUAUCGAUCCCGACUUCAACUCCCAGGCGAGCCGAGCAAGUACAAGUUCCGCGCCCAGUGCUAUACCAAGACUAUACUCGCAGCUCAGCACGCAUCGCGGGGCGUACUAUCUUGAUACAAGGAAACGUCUGAGUCUGAUCCACACUUUAUGCGAGCAUCGGGAACAAAUUGGUCUCGUACCAGACCCGUUUGUUGACGAGCUUUUGGAUCUACCUGAUGAAGACUUACUUUCUUGCCAACGGUUGGUCGUUGACUUGAUCAAGUCAGACCUGGUUAUUAGCCCCGAGUCUGCCACGUCUUUGAUCAACAGGCUAGGUGAUAUUGUGUCGCACUUUGAAUACCGGUGCUGUGAAGUCGCACUGAGCACUUGUAUCGAGGUGAUAAGUGGCCUAUACAAUGUUUGGCAUCAUGACAACCAAGAACUUUACCAGGACGUCAGUGAUUUGUACCGUCACUUCACCAACAUUUGUCUGCCCAACAACAUGUUUUCCUCUCAAGUGCAGAUUUCAAUGGCCGCCUUUCUAUUUAACCUUUUACGGGAAGACCACGAGUACGGUACUAAUAUCAGGGCCAACUCAUGCCGGACAUCGCUCCUAUAUAUCCUCAUGAGCGGGCCGAUGUCGGUCAAGAGUUAUAUCGGUAACAGAAUCGCCGAGAUCUUCGACUUGUACAUUCUAAAACUCCACGACGAGGUAUUCGUCGAUGUUCUGGAUAGUCUUCCAAAGGACCCUGACAAUGUUGCCGGGAUAGCGUUCCGGCUGCUUGUCUUGUCGAAAAUAGCAUGUCGCUGGUCGACUUUGUUGAGAAGAUGCACCUAUCACAUAUUUGAGACACCAGGCAAAGUAUCACUUGCGGCAGACUACGCAACCCGUUGUUGUGCUAGUAUUUCAAAGGAGCUAGAUCUCAAAUCUCCCCGAGAACUGUUCCAUCUUUUUUCACGGCAACUAUUAUACACGUGGCUAGAGAAUGAUUCGCUUGAAGACAUUCCAUUCUCAAUCUUCGGCUUCAGCAGCUUAAAACAGCUCCUCACCUCCACCCAGGCAGAGGCUGUAGGUUUGAUGGUGAUGCGAGGACAGGAAGAGAUGACCUCGUACCUUGCCAAAACAAUUGGCAUAACAAUCAGCGAGCUGAUCCGGCGCAAUUUCUCAACCGCCAUGGCUUACAGCAUGAUGUACGGACAUCACUCCGGGGACGAGGAUGCCAAAGACGACACUUACAUUGAAGAAAAGCUUGGGAACAAGGCGCUCAUGGAAUCAAAGUACAACCACUUCGUUGACAUAAUUGCUCUGUUUUUCGACGUCAUCGACCAAGAUAGCCCUAUCGAGAAAGCUUUCAUGAAGCAGAGAGACCUGACAUAUGCGGGAGAGAUCAUGACCGCAAUCAAGAGUAUUUCCCACUCCUCUGCCGACCUGCCCCCGAACCAGCAGCCAAACUUCAGGGCGCGAUAUCUAAUCAGCGAGACCCGACGGCUAUGCGAGAACAUGAUAUUUGAUUUCCGAGACUUGUGGACGCCUGCCCUCGUUUCAGCCAUAGCCCGUAAGCUGUUCAACUCUGUCCAGCCAGCCUUGGGAUCACUCCACGCAUGCGCAGUGCUUCGCAAGGUUCGGAUCCUCAUCAGCUUAGCCGGAAACUCUGCUCUGGAAUCAUAUGUCCUGGAGAUGCUCCUCAACUCGAUUCAGAAGUUCAUCGUUGACGCAGAAUGUGCCGAUGACGCUCUGGGUAUGAGCCAGUACCUGCUAGCUGAGGGUGCUCCGUACCUCCAGUUAGUACCAUCGUUCGUGUCGGGAUAUGCCCUCUCGACCCUCGCCUCUCUAAGAGUCUUCCUUGAAUCGAGCCAAUCAAGCACUACUCAAGAAAGCCUCUUCAAAGCGACAAUGAGCAAGGCACAGAAUUUCCACAAAUGGCUGACUGCGUACCUGAGCGAAUACGACUCCAGUCUCUUCACAAGUGAAGGUCAGCGAGAAGCUUUUCGGUCCAUCACGGAAUCAGCUGCACACAUUCGAUCAUCGGGAAAUGCUGAAAAGGGCACUUUCGAAAGCAAACUUCUGUUGGACAUUCUGAAAGACGGAGGUUCCGACGUCCAGCUUCUUAACAAAUCGUCUCGGGAGCUUGCCCUGGGUCUUCUUUGCAACGAUUUCUCAUUCCCCAAUAAUCCGACUGAUGAUAUUGUGGCGAGCGAGGAAGACGCUAUAGAUAUCGCGUCAGAAGUAUGGAAAAGCUGUGGCACGCAAAAUCUCAGCUCGGCGUAUCUCUCCUGGGCAGGGCGAGUUGUUGGCCGGGCUUUCUCGGCGUCUGGAGAGAUUCCAACUGGCGUUAUCCGUGAAACUAGACUUUCAACGUACCACGAUAUGGCUCUUGAUGCAAAUGGAUCAGAGGUGGGGAUUCUGGGGAUUCUCCAGGAGCUGACAUCAAGCCCGGAUUCGAAGACGGCUGGUUUAGCAGAAGCCGCGUUACGAAGCGUGGUCUCAAAGGCUACGCAUGAAGAAGACCAGUCACUAUCCCUCGCAUGUGAAAGAAGUCUCAGAGAAUCUCUUUUUCUGGCAUCCCAAUGGGGGACCUAUACCUCGCCUCCCUCUGAAAAGCCGGAUCCCCCUUCUAUUAAGGAUGACAGUUCAGUCUGGAAGCUGGACAUCUCGAAUUUGGAAUGGCUGCCCAAACUUGGUGUCCACCUCGCCCAAUCCAUAUCGACCUCGACUCUUCUCUCUGUCCUCCCUCCUCUCUUGACAGAAGUCAAGGGCUUCGCAGAGAAGUGUUUCCCAUUUCUCCUUCAUCUCGUGCUACAACUUCAGGUGAAAAAGCAACAGACAGUGAAGCGUUCCUUAUCCGAGGCUGCGAAAGUUUGGCUAGCUUCCAGAGAGCCUACCGCCAAGAACAACAUCAAGUUGCUGCUCAACACCUUUCUAUACCUCAGAACACAGGAGUAUCCCGGCGAGUCUUGUAUUGCAGACCGCAUUCAGUGGCUUGAAAUAGACCAUGCCGCGGCCUCAAAUGCUGCUGCUCAUUGUGGAAUGUACAAGACGGCGCUGUUCCUAGCAGAGUUGGUCAGCUCAGAGACAACUCGCGCUUCGCGUCGAUCCUCGGCCCUUCAACAAACUGAUCUAAGUGAGACUCUGCUCGACAUCUUUGAGAACAUCGACGACCCCGACGCAUACUACGGUCUUCCAGAGGAGGCCAGUCUAUUCAAGGUCUUGGCCCGAGUUGAAUAUGAGAAUGAAGGCUCAAAGAGCCUCGCUUUCAGGGGAGCGCAAUAUGACAGUCAUCUGCGCCAACGCGACCCCGAUACUGAGUCCGAUGCGCAGGCUCUGGUGAAGACUCUCAAUGGCUUGGGUCUAAGUGGUCUAUCGUAUUCUCUUCUGCAGACUCAGCAAAACGCGGGUUCGUCAUCCUCAUCUCUGGAGAGCACGUUUAGAACAGCCCAAAAGCUGGAAAUGUGGAACCUUCCGGCGCCCGUAGCAAGUGAUCAUCACGCAGUGGUUGUAUAUAAAGCGUUUCAAAGCAUGCACCAAGCGACCGACGUUGGUCUGGUGCGCUCUGCCAUCUAUGAUGGGUUCCAGCGAUCGAUAUUGAGCUUGACAAAGCAGAAUCAGAAUGCAAGAGGCUUGAGGAAACACCUGGGAGCGGCGGCCGUUUUGUACGAGCUCGAUGAGGCGACCAAUCUCUCAGACCCCGGUGAUGUUGAGAAUGUUCUCGCCAGGUUUCAAUCUCGUGUUGAAUGGAUGAAACGUGGACUAUAUGAGGAUGUCAGCAAUAUUCUGUCUUGUCGAGGAACAACCAUGAGCAUGUUGAGCCAACAUGACCAUCUGUUGAAAAGCAAGAUCUCCGUGGGCAACCUCCGCCAGGCUCAGGUGCAGUCGAUGCUCACGUCUGCCAGUGUCUUCCGAUACUACCAGGCCACUCAAGAAACCAUCAAUAUCUCUACGUCAUUGAUGAACCUGCUCCCAUCAUGUGAAGUCCAGGGACUGCAUUUCGAUGCAGCGGUCAAGGUUGAAGCGGCGAACUCGCUCUGGGAUCACGGGGAGAUGAGCACCUCCAUCCGCCUGCUGCAGGGGAUCGAGAAGGAUUCCACACUGAAGAAGCAGAUGAUACCCGUCAGCAGAACUGAUCUCCUAUCCAAGAUCGGCAACCAGGUUUCCGUUGCUCGGCUGGAAAAACCACAAGAUAUUCAGAAGAAAUACCUGGAGCCUGCACUCAAGGAGCUGAAAGGAAACGUCAAUGGGAAGGAAGCAGGGUCCGUCUACCACCAAUUCGCAACGUUCUGUGAUGGACAGCUUCAGGAUGUAGCCAGUCUGGAGGAUCUUUCACGGCUCCAGAAUCUGCGAAAAGGGAAGAGCGACGAGGUUGCGCAGCUUCAGAGCCUGAUAAAUUCCACCAAGGACAGCCAGCUCAGGAGUCGGUACUCGCAUGUACUGUCCAAGGAGAAGCAAUGGUUGAGUCUCGAUGAGCAAGAACUACGGCGAGUAGAGCAGACCCGAAGUGAAUUCGUACGGCUGAGCUUGGAGAACUACCUUUUGUCACUGAUUGCUUCUGACGAGUACAACAAUGACGCUCUCCGGUUCAUCGCCCUCUGGCUAGAGAGAUCGUCAGAGGAUGCCACCAACAAAGCCGUGAUGCGAUAUCUGCAACAGGUGCCAACAAGGAAAUUCGCUACGCUGAUGAACCAGCUCACGUCAAGGCUGCAAAAUCAGGACAGCAUGUUCCACAAACUACUCCUGGAUCUUGUCUACAACAUUUGCGUCGAGCAUCCCUAUCAUGGGAUGUAUCAGAUCUGGUCUGGAACGAAGGCAAAGGCACAGCAGAAGGACGAGGUAGCCAUCCAGAGAGUCCGAGCGACAGAAAAGGUGGCACAAAGGCUCGCCUCUACAAGAUCCGUCUCCGACAUAUGGCUGGCUAUCGAUAAGACAAGCAAGUACUACCACCUGUUGGCGAUGGAGAAGAACGCGAACAAGUACAAGUCCGGGGUCAAGAUCAACCUGAAGGAGUCGACUGCUGCGACGAACCUCGUCAACUAUCUCAACAAGUACCGGAUUCCACCUCCUACAAUGCAUAUCGAGCUAUCAGCGACCAAGGACUACUCGAAAGUGCCGACGAUCCUCAAACUCGAGUCCAGCAUGUCCAUUGCCUCUGGUGUAAGUGCGCCUAAAAUCAUCACUGCUGUCGGCACCAACGGAGUCAAGUACAAGCAGCUAGUGAAGGGUGGUCAUGAUGAUCUCCGCCAAGACGCCAUCAUGGAGCAAGUGUUUGCCGCUGUGUCCUCUCUUCUCAAACUUCACAGAGCUACCCAGCAGCGUAGUCUAGGCAUCAGAACCUACAAGGUGCUUCCGCUCACCGCUUCGUCGGGACUCAUUGAAUUCGUGCCAAAUACGAUUCCUCUGCAUGAGUUCCUCAUGCCAGCUCACGAGAGGUACUUCCCCAAGGAUCUGAAAGGGUCUCAAUGCCGCAAGGAAAUCUUCAACGUCCAGAACAGAACUGUCGAAACACGCAUCAGCACGUACCGCAAGGUCAUUGACAAGUUCCAUCCCGUGAUGAAGUAUUUCUUCAUCGAGUACUUUGGCGAUCCGGACGAGUGGUUCGUCAAAAGGCUGGCCUACACGCGAAGCACGGCCGCAAUCUCCAUGCUGGGGCAUGUGCUUGGACUCGGCGACCGCCACGGCCACAACAUCCUGCUCGAUACGAAGACGGGAGAGGUGGUGCACAUCGACCUCGGUGUUGCGUUUGAGGCUGGGCGUAUCCUGCCCGUGCCUGAGCUGGUCCCAUUCCGGCUCACACGAGAUAUUGUGGAUGGGAUGGGCAUCACCAAGACCGAGGGUGUGUUCCGGCGUUGCUGCGAGUUCACGCUUGAUGCGCUACGGGAAGAACAAUACUCCAUCAUGACGAUUCUCGACGUCUUGCGAUACGAUCCUCUCUACACCUGGUCCAUCUCCCCUCUACGCCUUGCCAAGCUGCAAAAGGCUAGGCACGAUGAUGACGGGCUCGAUGAGUCGGAGCAAAGCGAGGCAGAAGCCAAGAAGGGAAAGAAGGCAGGAACGGAGCUCAACGAGCCUUCCGAGGCAGACCGGGCGCUUGAGGUAGUGAGGAAGAAGCUAUCCAAGACGCUAAGUGUGACGGCAACGGUCAACGAUUUGAUCAACCAGGCCGUUGACGAGUGCAAUUUGGCAGUGCUAUACUCUGGUUGGGCUGCGUACGCAUGA